GGGAGGCCGCAUUCCCGCCCUCCUGACUCCCAGGGGUCUUGCACCAACGGGAGGUCGGGAUCUGGGUUUUCCGGCCCCGAGAGGGACCGGGUGCCUCCGCCAUAGCUUCUGUCGCUCCAUCGCCCGCACUGUGACUGGACUGUUAAAGGGAUCCGUGGAGAGGAGGCCAGGACACCUGGAAACAGGGAAAUGGAGUUUGAAAAAAAUGAAUGAGAAAUGUUUCCUGAAUGAGAAACACCCAGUCAUGGCUUGCGGUUUGAUAACGGAAAGAGCAAAACUCUGCAAAAUAACUUGAACUAUGUUCUACGCCGAAUAUGAGAGAACGUGACCAAGGGAAACAACCGCAUGUAGCCUCGAGAUUCAGUGGCCUUUGAGGAUGUAGAUGUGAACUUCACCCAGGAUGAGUGGGCUUUGCUGGAUCCUUCCCAGAAAAAUCUCUACAGAGAUGUGAUGCAGGAAACCUUCAGGAACCUGGCUUCUGUAGGAAAAAAAUGGAAAGAUCAGAAAAUUGAAGAUGAGUACAAAAAUCCCAGGAGAAACCUAAGAGGUCUUAUGGGAGAGAGACUCUUAGAAAGUAAAAAAGAUCAUCAGCAUGGAGAAAUUUUGACCCAGGUUCCAGAAGACAUACUGAAGAAGAAAACUCCUCGAGUAAAAUCAUGUGGAGAAGUCAGCGUGGGUCAUGCAUCCCUUAAUAGGCACCACAGAGCUGACACUGGACACAAGCCAUAUGAGUAUCAGGAAUAUGGACAGAAGCCAUAUAAAUGUACAUACUGUAAGAAAGCCUUCAGUGAUCUCCCCUACUUUCGAACACAUGAAUGGGCUCACACUGGAGGGAAACCUUAUGAUUGUGAGGAAUGUGGAAAAAGCUUUAUUUCCCGUUCAAGCAUUCGAAGACACAGGAUAAUGCACAGUGGAGAUGGACCCUAUAAAUGUAACUUUUGUGGGAAAGCCUUGAUGUGUCUCAGUUUGUAUCUUAUCCACAAACGAACUCACACUGGAGAGAAACCAUAUGAAUGUAAACAGUGUGGUAAAGCCUUUAGUCAUUCUGGUAGCCUUCGAAUACAUGAAAGAACUCACACUGGAGAGAAGCCUUAUGAAUGCAGUGAAUGUGGGAAAGCAUUCCAUAGUUCCACAUGCCUCCAUGCACAUAAAAUAACUCACACUGGGGAGAAGCCAUAUGAAUGUAAACAGUGUGGGAAAGCCUUUGUUUCUUUCAAUUCCGUUCGAUAUCAUGAAAGGACUCACACUGGAGAGAAGCCCUAUGAAUGUAAGCAAUGUGGGAAAGCCUUCAGAUCUGCCUCACACCUUCGAACACAUGGAAGGACUCACACUGGAGAGAAACCCUAUGAAUGUAAACAAUGUGGGAAAGCCUUUGGAUGUGCCUCGAGCCUUAAAAUCCAUGAAAGGACUCACACUGGAGAAAAACCCUGUAGUUCCAACACUUUGAAAGGCCAAGGCGAGAAGGUCGCUUAAUUCACACAAGAUUCCUAGAAGCCACUGAUUCCAAUCAUGGUAAAAAUGUGUUUCCCUCAAAUCAUGGGAACCAUCACAAAAUUAUUUUGAAGCUUCUGCAGUCACUGUCAUCUGAUAGCAUUCAGAAAUAAAUGCCAGUAGCCCAAGAGCAAAAAUUUUUUGGGGUAGUUUAGCUGAGGCCUCACUCAGAGACCUAGGACACAGAGUUGGAAAUAACUCUUAAGAGAGACACGCCUCCAGUAAGACCUUAAGACAGUUCUGUCAUAAAAAAAUACAAGGUUUGGCCGGGCGCAGUGGCCCAUGCCUAUAAUCCCAGCACUUUGGGAGGCCGAGGCAGGCGGACCACGAGGUCAGUAGUUCGAGACCAGCCUGGCCAAUAUGGUGA